CUCACGCCCCUCCCUCGCCCCUCGUCCGUUGCCCCUCUUUCUGCACGACGCAGCACGACGCGAGCCAUUUUUUGCCGCUUCAGAGAACGCACGCCUCUGACAAUGACCCCCACAUCGAGCUCAAACAUUGAGAAGAGCGACGAGCUAGUAGAUGGCAAGAGGAGAGAUACAGAGCAAUGGUACAACCAGGACCUGCGAAGCAUCACCGCAUUGCGCUGCUGCUGGACCUUGUCAAUGACUGUGCUGUGCUUGAGCAUCCACGAGCGAGUGACGACGGUCAGCAACUAUAUUGAGCCCUCGUCCUCCUUGCCCUUUGUUCUCCCCCUCGUCUCUUCCCUUCUGGACCCGCUCCGCUGCUGCUGCUGCUGCUGCUGCUGCUGUGUCUUCUUUCCUCUGCUUCGCUCGCAGCGCAUCAGCAGCUACGUCGCUUGUUUAGUGAUCUAGCUCAGCUCGCCAUCAGAGGGAUGGAGGAAGGGGCCAAACAAAUAGCCAAGAAACGCUCGCAUAGUAGCAUCGCACAGGUAAGCCGUCGAUUCGAUGAUGGAUCGACUGAGAAAAGAUACUCCAUCAAUCGCUGCGACGGGACGUUCAAAGGCCGUUUACGUGCGUCGAGUCGAGGAAGCGUUCUGCCCAGGCGAGCACAAGGCAGGCAGCGGGCGUG